UGCCGCAGGUGGAGCCUGCCCAACGCCGAGCACUAUGCCCUGCAGUACGCGGACGGGCGGCAGACAUACAUCACCGAGUUGAACCGUGGGGAGAUUAAGAAUGGGAGCAUUUUACGGCUGACCACCUCCCCGGACCAAGAAGCAGAGAGGUUGUACAGCGGGAUCCAGAGCAACAACUCGGAUGUGAAGACUGACUCGCUGAAGAAGCUUGCGAGCCUCUCCCAAGACGUUACCUUUGCUCAGGAGUUCAUCAACAGGAAUGGCUUGAAACAAAUCUUCUAUAUUGUGGAGGAAGGGAAUGAUACAGGGGAGAUGCUUGCUCACACCCUGAAGGCCUUCAUGGAGCUGAUGGAGCAUGAUUUUGUUUCCUGGGACGCUCUUAGUGCAGCCUUCAUCAAGAAGAUAGUGAGCUACGUCAAUAUGAACGCAGUGAAUGCAUCUGUUCAGCAGCUCUCUUUGUCCAUCUUGGAGAACAUGGUACCCACCAGUCGCCUCCUCUUUGAGCUAGUCAAAAAAGAAGUGACCCUGGAUCGUCUUCUCACCCACCUGCAGGUGACAAAUGCCCAGCUGCAGCUGAAGGCGAUGGCCCUGCUCAUUGCGCUGCUGCUGGCUGCCACCGACGCUGAGCGGCAGGACAUGAUGGACUACCUGAGGGAGAAGAACAUCCGGCAGUUUAUCCACAAGAACAUCAUCCACAGCUCCGAGCCGCUGGGGGAUGAGAUGGCCCAUUACCUGUAUGUGCUGCAGUCCGUCAGCCUCAACCUCUGUGAGCGCCGUAUGAGGACCUCCAUGGAUCCCUACUCACAGGAACAGCGGGAGCUCCUCCAGUCCCUGCGCCAAACUGCCUUUGAGUCGGAGAACGAGGCGCCAGCCAGCAACUUCAGCACCGAGCGCCGGCGAUCCCUGUGUGCCAAGGAGUUCCGCAAGCUGGGCUUCAUGAACAACAGCAACCCAGCGGAGGAUCUCCGCCGCACCCCGCCAGGACUCCUUGCCCUCGACAACAUGGUGUAUUUCUCCAGGCACACCCCCAACGCCUACAGCAGGUUUGUCCUCGAGAACAGCAGCCGGGAAGACAAACACGAAUGCCCCUUCGCUCGAAGCAGCAUCCAGCUCACCCUGAUCCUCUGCGAGAUCCUGCACGUUGGAGAGCCGUGCUCCGAGACGGCUCAGGCCUUUUACCCUAUGUUCUUCGGGCAGGAUCAUUUCUUUGAAGAGCUCUUCUGCAUCUGCAUCCAGCUGGUGAACAAGACCUGGAAGGAGAUGCGCGCUACCCAGGAGGACUUUGAUAAGGUGCUGCAGGUGGUGCGGGAGCAGAUCACCAGGACCCUGUCCCUCAAGCCCACCUCCCUGGAGCUAUUCAAGACCAGAGUGAACGCGCUGAACUACAGUGAGAUCCUGAAGCUGAGGCAGACAGAGCGGCUGCACCAGGAGGAGACGCUGGCUGUGCCCGUGCUCCCCCAUGCUCGGGCUCUGCUGGGCUCUGAGUGCUGGGACCCUGGGCGAGAGGAGAGGAGAGGAGAGUGGGCGCUCACAGCUCCUCCACUCGCCCCAGUUCCUGUGGCAGAUAUGAAGAUGCUGCUUUUGGGGAAGGAGUGUCCGCACACCAAGGAGAAGAGCUCCGGGAAGCAGAACAAGGACGUCCUGGAGUUGGCCUUCUCCAUUGUGUAUGACGUGGAGGAAUACUGCCUCAACUUCAUUGCCCCCACCCGCUACGAGUUCUGCCUCUGGACAGAUGGGCUGAAUGUGCUCCUGGGCAAGGAGAUGACGAGCGAGCGAACGCAGACGGACCUCGAUGUCCUGCUGUCCAUGGAGCUCAAGCUGCGGCUCCUGGACCUGGAGAACAUCAGCAUCCCUGACACCCCCCCUCCCAUCCCAAAGCCUCCCAGCAACUUAAACUUCUGCUAUGACUUCCACCACGCAGAGCAGUGAGUUUCUCCCUGUGCCCUGUCCCUCCCCCCCCUACAGUCCCCAAAAUCAAACCCCUUCCUCCAGGCUCUGUCCUCCAUCUCCUGCCCGAAGGGACGAGCCCAGGUGCUGGCUGGGGGCUUGGGUGAGCGCUGCCUGCACCUUGCCCACCCUGGGGCAAACUGCUCCCCCUUCCCUGCCUGCGUCUUGCCCUCCUGCGAGAGCACAGGGCUGAGCCACCAAGCAUCAGGCUCCUGCUCGAGGCGGGUGACCCAGCUGCUUUGACCCCCCACCAUGGGCAGGCGAGAUGAAAUACUUUCCAGACAGCCGAACCCCUCCACACCGCAGCCAGGCUUUGGGCAGAGAGGGCAAAGGAUGCAGGCAGGAAUAAAGGUGCAGGCAGCCCUGGGACAGCUGGAGGGGGGCUGCACUACAAAGGUACAAAUCUGCACUGCCUGGCUCUCCCUGUCAGCCUAGGGGAUCCUUUCUGGCCAAGAAAGGGGUUAGGAAAAGGAUAAAAUCCCCUUUCCGCUCAGUGGGGUGAGCAGCUGGUAUCUCCGGAGCACAGUGUGCCUGCCCAGCCAGGCCCGUGCCACACUGAAAUGUUUUUCUGCUGAGCGAUGAGUGCUCCUGCUCCUGGAAGGCGGGUGUUUAGGGUACAAGUCCCCUCUCCCAGCGCCAUUUCAGCUGGGCAGGGGCUCGCUGCCGCUGUGCCUGGUGUGAGGAGGAGACCCCAGUCUGCCCU